UAACUUUUGAUGGGCCGUCGCGAUAACUUGUGCGACGAUAAUGCAGCAGAUGUCGACUUCUCUUCACCACCUCUACACAGUAUCAACACACACAUCGAUCUCCACGCGCUUCUGUAGGCUGAGAGCCUGAGAUCGAGCUCCUUUCUAGAUUCAUUAGUGGAGCCCACUUCAGUUGUUAAGCCCCAAGAAUCGAACACAGUUUUUGUUCAAAUGAGCUGCGUUUCAACUGUCUGAAACGGCAACUGCUAUAUACACUCUGACACUCAUCAUUGGAAUCCGAAAUCAAUUUCGAUUUUAUCGAACAUAUGCAGAGCUGAGCUUCCUUCAUGGCCUCCAUUCGCAGGCUUCUUCCUUUCUGUUCUUCAUUACAGAGGACGGGCUUUUCUCUUCGAGGAACUGCAGAAGGGUUUGGAGUCGGAGGUUCAUGUAGAAGCUUCAGUGCUACAGUAGCGUCGGAAGAAGCUAUUUUCAAAUGCCCGGACGAAGAUGGACGGGUGGAACCAGAGGUUCUGGUUAUGGAAGAUGAGAUCGCAAAGAUCCGACGUGAAUUUGAGGCGGCGAAACAAAGCUUCCUCAAGAUUCCAGAGGCUCUCAGAGAAAUGCCCAAAAUGAACCCUCGAGGUAUAUUUGUCAAUAAAAACCUGAGGUUGGACAGCGUGCAAGUCUAUGGCUUUGACUAUGAUUACACGUUGGCUUAUUACUCUUCUAACUUACAGAAUUUGAUAUAUGACCUUGCCAAGGAACAUCUUGUGAAUGAGUUUAGGUAUCCUGAGAGUUGCUUGGGAUUCAAGUAUGAUCCUUCAUUUCCCAUCAGAGGUUUAUAUUAUGAUAAACUGAAAGGAUGCCUCUUGAAACUGGACUUUUUUGGGUCUAUCGAGAGUGAUGGAUGCUUCUUUGGGCGUAGGAAGCUUAGCAAGAAGGAAAUAGAAGAGAUAUAUGGAACACGCCAUAUUGGUCGAGAUCAAGCACAUGGACUUGUUGGUCUUAUGGAUUUCUUUUGCUUUAGUGAGGCAUGCCUUAUUGCAGAUAUAGUACAACACUUUGUAGAUGCGAAGUUGGAGUUUGAUGCUUGCUACAUCUACCAAGACGUAAAUCGUGCGAUUCAGCAUGUUCAUCAUAGUGGUUUGGUUCAUAGAGGAAUUCUCUCUGAUCCUCAAAAAUACCUAGUAAAGAAUGGCCAGAUGCUACGCUUUCUCAAGAUGCUCAAGGAGAAGGGGAAGAAACUAUUCUUGCUGACUAAUUCUCCAUAUUAUUUUGUGGAUGGAGGGAUGCGUUUUAUGCUGGAGGACGCAAUAGGAAGUACAGAUUCUUGGAGGGAGCUUUUUGACGUUGUGAUUGCUCGAGCUAAUAAGCCAGGCUUUUACAAUUCUGAGCACCCAUUCCGCUGCUAUGACAUUGAGAAAGAUACCUUAGCUUUCUCCAGGGUGGAUGCAUUUCUUCCAAAUCAAGUCUAUUACCAUGGAUGUCUUAAAUCUUUCCUCCAAAUUACUCGGUGGAAAGGUCCUGAGGUGAUAUAUUUUGGGGAUCAUCUAUUUAGCGAUCUAAGAGGACCUUCAAAGGCUGGUUGGCGUACUGCUGCUAUUAUUCAUGAACUAGAAAAUGAAAUAUGCAUACAAAAUGGAGAGAACUACCGCUUCCACCAGGCAAAAUUCCACAUAAUACAAGAACUGCUUGGAAAAUUUCAUGCAACUGUAGCUAACAGUCAAAGAGGAGAAGCUUAUGACUCACUUCUGAACGAGCUGAAUAUGGAGAGGAAGAUGGCACGGUCCGUGAUGAAGAAUAUGUUUAAUAGCUCAUUCGGUGCUACUUUCCUCACUGACACGGGUCAGGAAUCAGCUUUUGCAUACCACAUUCAUCAAUAUGCAGAUGUGUAUACCAGUAAGCCAGAGAAUUUCUUGUUGUAUUCACAUGAAGCAUGGCUUCAUGUACCCUUUGAUAUCAAGAUCAUACCGCAUCAUGUAAAGGUGCAGUUCUCAAGAAAGAUUGUUCAAGGGACUAAUGAUCCCUUUCUUCCUCAUUCUACUACUGGAGUGAGAGAAAUGCCUGGGACAACUUUUCUAGAUCAUCAGACUGAGGAUAUAUCUGGUUGACUUGAGGGGUUGAACUGCUCUGGAAUCUGGUCUAGUUCUAGUUGUGAUGUCAGCUUCGGGGUUCCAUCCAGCUCGUUCAAGACUAAUCAAUGAUGAUGGAGAUUACUUAUCGUCUUGAUGCCUCACAUGUUCUCAACAAAUCUUAUGAUUACUAUUUUGGGACCGGUUCUUGGUGCCAUUAAUUUGGUAAGGGGUAUUUACAGGUUCUCGGGGUACAGGGUUUGAUAUGGGUGGAAAAGGUAGUACAUUCUAUAAGUUUGGUAAUGAGGGUUUCUGUAAUUUGUUAUCCUAACCAAGUAGGAUUUAAUCAACCAGUUCAUUCUUUAGUUAGAUUUUAGCUAGUUAUGUUUCCUCCUCAUUUCUUCGUUUGUAGAUUUGUGUAUACAUUGUGGUUGAUUAGAUAUUUAUCAUCUGCCCAGUAACUUCAGGCCAAGGUUCAAAAUAUCGAAAGGUAUCAGUUGUGUAUCAA